AUGGCGCCCUGGGCAUUCCUCCUGCUGCUCUCCAGAGCCCUGGUCCUGACUCAGAUCCGGGCAGAUACCCACUCCUUGAGGUAUUUCGUCACCGCCAUGUUCUCGCCUGGCCAAAGGGAGCCCCGUCUCAUCGCAGUCGGCUACAUGGACGACACACAGCUUGGGCGGUUCGACAGCGAUCCCCGGAAUCCGAGAGCAGAACCGGUAUUACAGUGGAUGGAGCGGAUGGAACAGGAGUUUUGGGACGAGCAGACACAGAUCUCUAAGGAGAGAUUACGUACCUACCGAGAGCAGCUGAGGACCCUGCGCGAAUACUACAACCAGAGCGAGACCGAGUCUCACACCUAUCAGGGUCUGUAUAGCUGCGAUGUGGGUCCGGAUGGCCGCCUCCUCCGUGCGUACAAUCAGCGAGCUUAUGAUGGUGCCGAUUACAUCUCCCUGAAUGAGGACCUGCUUACCUGGACAGCGGCGAAUACAGCCGCUCAGAUCACCAAGGGCAAAUGGGAGGAAACCGGUUGUGCUGAGUUCUACAAGACUUACUACCUGGAGGGCAAGUGCCUGGAGUGGAUCCCUAAAAUCCUUGAGGUGGGGAAGGAGACGCUGCUGCGCACUGACCCUCCAAAGGCACAUGUGACUCACCACCCCAUCUCUGAACGUGAGGUCACACUGAAGUGUUGGGCCCUGGGCUUCUACCCUGCUGCGAUCACCUUUACCUGGCAGCUGGAUGGAGAGGACCAGUCCCAGGACAUGAAGCUUGUGGAGACCAGGCCGUCGGGAGAUGGGACCUUCCAGAAGUGGGCAUCCGUGGUGGUUCCCUCAGGAGAGGAACAGAGAUACACAUGCCAUGUGCAGCACAAGGGCCUGCUUGAGCCCCUCACUGAAAGAUGGAAACUGCCUUCCCAGCCUACCAUCCUUAAUGAGGGACUCAUUGCUGGCCUGGUUCUCCUUGGAGCUAUGAUUCUGGGAACUGUGACUGUUGUAGCUAUGAAGAGGAAGAAAAGGAGCUCAGGUGGAAAGGAAGCAAGCUACACACCAGCUUCAAGCAGUCAUGGUGACAGAGCCCAGGGCUCUGAUUUGUCCCUUACACUUUCUAAAGGUAUCAGGCCAAGUGUUAGUGACAAAACGGAGCUAUAA